AUUUUGCAUAAUGUCAAAUUAUAUACAAUUUUUCAGAUUAUCCUGCCAGUUAGAGUAAUGAAGUUAAUGGAAGUGAAGAUAUUGUUUGUGACUAACGCUGCAGGAGGAAUUAACCAGGAUUUUGAGGUUGGAGAUAUAAUGAUAAUAAAGGACCAUUUCAAUAUGCCAGGCUUCGCAGCUGUAAACCCUCUAGUUGGACCUAAUGAUGAUAGAUUUGGACCAAGAUUCCCUCCAGCUUCACAGUGUUACAGUUUUCGUCUACGUAAGCUGGCCAAAACUGUAGCAGGCAGACUAGGAAUGAAUGACUUUUUACGAGAUGGAGUCUAUUGUUUCCUUGGCGGACCAUCUUUUGAGACAGUCACUGAAUGCAGGUUCCUAAAAGUUGCCGGUGUUGAUGCUACAGGAAUGAGCACAGUACCGGAAGUAUUGGUUGCUAACCACUGUGGAAUGGAAGUUUGUGGUAUCACACUGAUUACUAACAAAUGUGUGAUGGAGUAUGACUCAUCACAGGUGGCCAAUCACGAGGAAGUCUUGGAAACUGGUCAAAAACGUGCCAAAGAUAUGCAGAAAUUGAUCGGUGCAAUAGUUGCUGAGAUCGGGGACUAGAUUAUCGUUAAACACGGACAGUCUACAUUAUGUAAAAUUUAAGGAUCUGUAAUUUGAAGAUCUGACUGUUACUAAGUUACUUAUUUUGUUUGGAAAUAAUUUUUAACUAUUGAUAGAUUUGUUAAU